GCCGUGUGCGUUCCAGUAUGGCAUACAGUUCAGUGGGUAUAUAGUUCAGGUGUUCAGUGGUUAAUUGGUUAUGUGUUUCUAUGCGAGAAGCGGAACGCACCCAUGUAUAUAAGCUGUGAAUGAAUCUAAAAUCUAACCUAAUAUAAUCCAAAUAACCUAACUUUCUGUACACACACGCUGUAUGAGCUUCAUGUCAACAUUUCACUUCUGUAACGAAGAAAAGCUUUUAAUAGUAGAAAAAAAAUGAAGCUUCUUACACAUAAUAUGUUAACGUCUAAGGCCAUAAGGGGUGUGACAGUCGGCUAUCCUUUGAAAAUUAUCGCCAAAGACAUCAGAGUAUCCGAAGUAGAUUUUAAUCCAGAAUAUAUCGCUAGGAUAAUACCAAAGAUAGAUUGGACAGUAUUAUGGAAAGCUGCAGAGAGUAUAGGACAUGUUGGUGAAUUACCUCAGAUUUUAAUAGAAGACUUUGAGACAAAUGAAGAUUUUUUAAAAAAUGUUCACCAUGUUCUGUUGGAAGUUGAAGUUAUAAAUGGAGAUCUAUUAUGCCCAGAAUCUGGUAGAAAAUUUCCCAUCAAUGAUGGUAUUCCAAACAUGCUUCUAAAUGAAGAUGAAGUUUAAAUAACAGCACCAAAUAAUUUCUAUGAAUAUUAUUUGUCACUUUUUCUUAAUCACUUUCUUUAAUUAUAAUUAUUAAAAAUAUAUAUCUUUUUCUAUCUAAAUAUUAUUAUAUAUAUUUUUAUAUUAGUUUAAUUUUUUUAUUUGCACUCGUGUAUUAAUUUAAUAGUCGUUAAUAGUAAUAAUAAUCGUUAAUAAUUGAAAACAAAUAUUAGAUAUAUCUUUGUGUAUGUGCUUGUGUAAAUAUAUUAAAUGUACAUAUUUACAUAUAUGCAUAAAAAACAAGAUAAGUUUUUAAAAGUUCAAAUAAUUUCAAAAUAAACUCAUUUAGCUAGAAGAAUAUAUUAUAAAUAUAAAAUGGGCAAUAUUCUAUUUUUUAAACCUCUUGAUUUCAUUGCAAUUAUAUCGAAUUAUGAUAUAAAAUAUAUUUAAAAACGAAAAAUUAUAUAAAUAUUGUUGUGUAUGCAAUACAUUGAAAUAGUGCUUUAUGAAAUAAUGUAAUUGUAUUUCCCCUCACUUUUUU